CAUUUAUUAAAUUUCAAUCACUUUGAACUGUGUCAAAUGGCGCAACACCCUAAUGGUGUAAAUAAAAUUUCACGUAUCUUAUGAACAAGGGCUCCUCCUAAACGGUUUGCAUUUCAUCAUAAGCAAAUGCCACAACAUUGUAACUUAAUGACAAUCUUGGUGAACUCACAAGAAUGGCUACUUUUGUAAGUAACAAAAUAAGAGCAUUUCAGACGCCGGGGAACACUUGUGAUCUGCCUACAAAUUCCGAGUCAAUAUUUCAUCUGAAAUCAUACGAUUCUGCAACCGAUCCUCGAGCGUGGGCCCUUGAAUCUAACGACAGAAAAAGCUACAUUCUAGAUUUAUUUACUGCAGAUAAUCCAAAACCUCAACAGGAGAUGUAUUUAGGAAAAUAUGUAAAUUUACACGUCUUGAUGAGAACACUAAUGUCUAACAAAGAAGCGGAUAUUAAAUAUCUUCAAAGUCAAUUAAAUCUUCUUGAAGCAUUCCUGGAUGAUUUAAAUUUAGAUGAAAAUCAAAGAAAUUCGCUUCAAAGUUUGAAACAAAGGCCAAUAGGUUCUAUGAUAAAUAAAUUCCCAUCCAUUGAUUCGUUUAGAUGUAGUGAAGAAACUCUCAUGCCAGCUGAUGAUGCUAUUCAAGAAUUAAAUCAAAAGUUUCAGGAACAAGAACAGGAAUUGCAAGAACAAAGAGAACUUGCUGCAAAUGCAAUUAAUCAAAUAUCAUUUCUCAAACAGAUAGUUAAGGAGCGUGAUAGCUUAAAAGAUGAAAAUGAUAUGUUGAAAAAAUCUUUGGAUGGAAUGCGUAACACAAAAUCAUCGUCAAAUAAUGAUUUACACUUGAAAGCAAAAAUAAGUGAUUUAAAACUUGAAAUUCGUCGCAAAGAUAUUCGCAAAUUAAACAAUCUCAAAAUGGUGCGCAGUGAUCAAAUUGCAAUAUUUCCAGUGAAGAAAGCGACUCGUGAAGCUAUAAUAAUGACACAUGAAUAUGAAAACUAUAAUGAUAUGAAACAAAUUAUUGAAGAACGCAAUAUUCUGCAAGAGACUGUCGGUAAACUGUUAACCCAGAUGGAAAACUUGCAAAAGUUUGAUCAAAUGAUUGAGCAGCAACUACCUGGUAGGCAUGAUAGUUGUCCUGGUGACCAUGCAUCACAAAUCUGUCAGACCAUUCCUAAUUUGCAAGUGGAAUUUGAGUUGAAGAAAGAAAUUGAAUAUCUGAAGCAAAAAUUGAGUGAUUUUGAGAUCAAAAAUUUGGAAUUUGAUCGAUUGUGUUUGCGAAUAAGUGAACUUCAACUUAUUCAGGAAGCACAUGAAGAAAUGAAAGAGCAAUUUAACAUUCAAUUUCUUGAACAGAAAACGUCCAUUUCGCAAUACUUAAAUAAGAUAGCUUAUUUGAAGGAACAGUGUAGCUAUUAUGAAGCUGAAUUAGAGCGGUUCAAGAAGUGCGAAGAUGAGAAUAACAUACUUGCUGAAAGGUGUAAAAACCUUCAAAACAUAAUCGAAAACCAACAAGGCAGAGUACGCUAUUUGGAAAAUUGUAAAUCCUUAGUAGUGGAAUCAGAAUCGUUGAAUCAAAUCAAUCAACUUAAACAAGAGCUUGACAAAAAGUCAUGCAUGAUUAAAGUAUCAGAAAAUAAGUUACUUAAUCUACAAACACAGUUAAGAGAUUCCAUAAACAAUUUAACCUGUGAAACUUCCGUGUUAAAAAAUAGUUUACAAGAGGCGCAUAAUCGCAUUACAGGACUGCUGGAACAAGACAAUUUGAAUCAUAUACUGAUUAAUCAGUUAAAAGAAGAAUUAACAUCGAAAAACAUGUCCUUGCAAGCCUUGGAACAAGAAAGGUAUCAAUUUGAAGGCACUUGCAAACCCGUUCAGAAAGUCGUAGUGGAACGAGAGAAUAUUAUUCAACAAUUGCGAGGAAAACUUUUAGAUCUACAACGAGACAAUGACAGACUAAAGGAAAUGAGCUGUCGUCUUCAUAAUUAUAUAUUAGGUCGAUCGUUCUCACAAAGUAUUCUUGCCCGAAAUAAUUUGUCAUCUACUGCAUCUAGUAGUAAAUGCGUUGAUGCUAUUCACCAAGCAAUGAGGCAGUUGCAAAUUGAUUUAUCAGCAGCAUCUAUGGCUUGCGACGCUAAACAAUUUUCCGGAUUACAGUCUAGGUAUAAGGAAAUUCAAUCACUGGCCAAAGGGCAAGUGCAUUGGCUUGCGAAUGGACUAAGGAAAUGUAAAGAACAAGUAUAUCUGUUACAAUGUCAGUUUAAACAUGAAGAGUAAAUAUGUUUAAUUAUGUUUAUGUUGUGUACCCUUGCACCUUGGACAUAAUGUGAUCUAUAAGAUACUUUAUUUUAUAAUUUCACAAAGAUACGAAAGAAUUUAACAUGUGCCAUAUUGUAAACA